UGUGAACGAUAAACCGAUGCGACCGGAUAUUCGGUUUAACAAGUGAGAGAUACGGCUGCAUCGGUAGCAGCCUCCUUAAUCGAUAGGAAUUAGCUGUGAAUAUCUAGAUUAAUCGGUUGUAGAGUCAUGGAUCGGGUAUCGCGACACUUAGAAUCGGUUGUCGGCUUCACACACUUACAGUUUGCGUCAGCGUCUCUAAAACAACGCGAGAGCUGAAGCUGCCCGUGAAUGAGUGACAAGUGACAAGAAGGAAAAUGGAGGGGGUUAAGGAGGUCAGCGGUGAUAAUGAUGAAAAGAUUUUCAAUGCACCGGGGAAACAUAAAUCCAAAGUGUGGACUGUUUUUGGGUUUUACAAGAAGGAAGGGAAGCUCGACAGAAGCCGUGCUGUUUGUAAGCUGUGUAGAGCAUCCUUAACGUACACCGGCAGCACUACAAAUCUCGACCAGCAUGCUAGGAGGAGACACGGUCAGGAAUACAUCGGUGAGACCCGCACCAACGAGCAGGAGCGCACUGCAAGCAGUAGCACACAGCCGGUUAUUUCUAACAUGUUUGCGCAACUUGGUCAAAACUCAGCACGUGCCAAGGAAAUCACAGCAUCAAUAACGCGUUUUAUCGCUAAAGGAUUAUGUCCGUAUAAUAUAGUUGAGUGGGAAGGAUUUCAGGAUUUGAUCCAUACAUUAGAGCCCAGGUAUAAGAUACCCUCCCGAAAUCAUAUCACCAACACGUGCAUGCCAGCGUUGUAUACACAAGUUAAGAGCCAAGUUGAAAAAGAACUGGCAAAUGCAGAGCGAGUGGCAAUAACAAGUGACGCUUGGACGUCAUGUGCAACGGAGUCUUAUGUGACGAUCACAGCCCACCACAUCACUCCGGAUUGGACGUUAAAUGUUCAUGUGUUGCAGACCAGGGCAUUCAAAGGAUCUCACACUGGAAAGAAUAUUGGUGCUCUACUGAAACAGGCAUGUAUUGACUGGAAACUUUUUGAUAAAGAGCCAGCCCUGGUAACGGACAAUGCUUCAAACAUGGUUUUAGCUGGCGUGGAAGCAGAGAUGAGCCCUCACCUCAUGUGCUUCGCACACACUAUAAAUCUGGCCACACAGAAAGCCUUCAAAGUGGACACAGUAGAAAGGUUGCUGGGAAGGGUGAGGAGAGUGGUUGGCUUUUUUCACCGCAGUGUCAGAGCAGCAGAAAUUUUACAAGACAAACAGAAACAACUGGCCUUGCCUAUCCACAAACUCAUCCAAGAUGUGUCCACCCGUUGGAACAGUUCCCAUGACAUGCUUGAACGCUUACUGGAACAACAGCCUGCCAUUUCUGCUGCACUCAUGUCCAGGGAUCUCAGAAGAGGAGAAGAGGUUAACACUCUUAAGGACAAAGACUUCUGCGAUGUUGUAGAUAUUGUGAAGCUGAUGGCGCCGGUCAAACUUGUGACCACCAGCAUGUGUGAAGACAAGCGGCCCACACUCUCAAUGAUUUGUCCUGUCAGAGCAAAGCUUAAAAAGAACUUUGAAGCAUCAGAUGAAGACUCAGCGGUAAUCAGAGAGAUGAAACAAGCAUUCAGAAAUGACUUGGAGAAGCGCUACACUGGCCUGGAUGAUCUGUUCUACACUGCAGCAGCUCUGGACCCCCGCUUCAAGUCUCUGCCCUUCCUGACUGACCAUGAUGCUGAGCGGACGUUCACAAGCAUAACAGCAGAAGCUACAUCCCUGCAUAACAAGGCAACAGGGGAUCCAAUUCAGAGAGGCCCACUGCAGACAAAUCCAUGUCAGACUGAACCUGCCCUUGGAGAUCUGGACAUUAGCAUUGAUGCACCCCAGACCCAAGAUGAGCCUAAAGAUGAUGACCCUCCUCUCAAAAAGAAGAAAAUGUCAGCGUUGGACCAGCUGUUGGGAAAAGACUUUGAAGUGAGGAUGGGAGCUAGAUCUGUAAGAGACAAGGCCAACGAAGAAGUCAAGAGGUACAGAGAGCGUGAUCUGUUGUCCCUGCAAAAAAACCCACUGCAGUGGUGGAAAGAGCAGCAGGACUUGCCACUGCUGUCGUCUCUGGCUAAAAAAUACCUCUGUAUCCCGGCCACCAGUGUGGCAUCUGAGCGGGUGUUUAGUACUGCGGGAGAUAUUGUUUCCUCUAAACGCAGUCUACUCAAACCUGAGCACGUGGAUCAAUUGAUAUUCCUGAAGAAAAACCUGUCCCCCAAAAACAACAAGGAUAGUGAGACUUGAAUGAAGGAGAUUUGUAAAAAAAAAAGCAGCAGUUUGAUUUAUUUUAUACAUAUGUUUAUUGUUUAAUACAUGUGUUAAUGUUACAUAUGUUAAUAUGUUACAUAUUUAUUUCCUUUAAUCUUUUACAUAAUGCACUUGUCACUGUGUGUUAAGCAUUGUUGAGAUAAGAAUGUGGUUGCUGCUUUGUUCUUCCCCCUCUGACACAUUUUGAGAUGUCAUAAGGUUUUGGUUACAUGGUUUGUUUAUAGGUCACAGGUUCUGAACCCAUUAUCAAUUCCUGCGGUGCCCUCAAUCUGCUGCUGCUUACAUUUUUCAGUUUGUAACUUGUAACUUGCACCUUUGUUUUCCAAACACUAUGCUCAGGUUGUGAUUUUUCUACCUCUUUGGUCCAUGUCUAAAAAUAAAUACAUUGACAUGUGA